AUGUGGAACCAGGCACUGCGGCGCGUCGUGCACGCCGAGGAGCGGCAGCAGGAGGAGCGACGGCGGCAACAACUAGCGCAGGCUGCUGCCGCUGCGUCUUCCGCGUCGAAUGGUGAAACUCCGGCCGUGGAAGUCCCCGCAGAAGCUCCGCAAUCUGCAGCGGAACGUGAGCAACCCUUGGUAUCAGAGCAAGCAGCAGCUCCUGCCUCUUCUAGCGCCGAUAACGCGACGCCAGAGGCGAAGAAUGAAGCAGCUUACGUGGAAGAGGCCGAGGACGACGACGACUACCUCCAGAAGCACCUACUGUCGCGCCCCACGUCGGCUUGGAGCUGUCUGGAGGACACGCAGCAGGCCAACUGCUUGGCGCUGAACGCGUCGCAGACGCUCGUGGCGGUGGGCGAGCGCGACGGCCGCGUGACCAUCUGGGACAACACGACCAUCCGCGUGAUCACGCGCGAGCUGGACCCGACGCUCAUUGCGCUGCCAGCGGUGGAGAAUGCCGCCGACGACGACAAGAUGGACGGACAGGGGGCAGCAGGUGACAAGGCGGAGGCGAAUGGAGCCAAGAGGCGAAAGGUGGACGCAGCAGAUGCGGAUGGAUCCAUGGAGAACGACGACGCGUCCGUGGAGGACGAUGAGGAGGAGAGGACGGAAGACGCGGCGUCCAUCGAGGAGGACGUGGCGACGGAGGAAGACGAGGAGGCGGAGGCGGAAGCAGAGGUAGAGGCGGAAGAGGAAAACAAUCACGAUGAGAGUGAAGAGACCAAGACGGAAGAUGAAGCGGACGCUUCAGGGGGCGAAGCUGUAUUGACACUGUCAGAUCUUCGUGUGGUGAAGACCGCGCUGAAGGUGGUGUCGCAAUGUGCGUGGUCGUGCGAUUCGCGGUGGCUGUUCGCCGGCUGCGAGGAGAAGUCGACGCGGCGGGUGAGCCUCGGCGCGAGGCUGUGCGUCUGGAACGUCGAAGCUGCCACACUUGUGUCGGCUUUCCGGUUUGGCGGAACGAUCACUUCGUUAAGUUCGCACCCUAGUGACCCGAAGCUGGUCGUUGUUAGUUUUUGGAACUCUCGGCCAGUGCUCUUGGAUGUCGUAUCUGGAGAACGCAAGGAGCUGGAGAGCGUUCCCAUUGAAAACGACCAGCUCACGCAACCAACGCCACAGAACAGCUCACGGCACCCCGCGCUUGCGUCCUGUGCGCGGUAUGGUCGUUCUGGGAAGCGCAUUUACUGUGCCACAUCGAAAUCUACGUUGGCUGUGCUGGAUGCUGACACGUUGCAGUGUCUUGAUAGUCUCAAGCUGAACGUGCUUAUCCAGUUCGUGGAUCUCUGCGUGAAUUUGCGGGAAACAGCGCUGCUUGUCACGAGCUCGAAAGGUAUUCAUGAAUUCGUGUUGGAUGCGAAUAAGGAUGCAGAAGCAUCGACUGUAAUGGAUGGUUCGAGUGAGGAGUCUAACGCCACUGAAGAGCACCCGUUGGGGUUGCGUGAAGUGGCACUUCACUCCACGGGUGCGGUACGCGCGCCUUGGGCUGUAUGCUGCUUCAGCGGUGGGGAGGAGUUUGUUGUCGGUACGCCCGUUGUACGUCACCGACAUGUUGGAGAGAAUGGACUAUUCACGUGGCACCGGGCUUCAGUGGUUGGUAAGACAACAGGCCAGCACAAUGUCGGGGUAAAAGACGGCGUGCUAGCACUAGCUUGGGACCGUUCCCGACAGAGUGUGCUAGCCGUGUCUACCAGUGGAAAUUUUCACGUAUUAGAGGAACAGUUCACCACCACCUGGCCUGGGGCAAUGUAUCCGGCAGGGUUCCGCCUUAUUACGGACAACGAACUACAUCUAGAAGUGUUCGAUCGUGAUGCUGAAGAGCGCAAACGAGAGAAGGAAAAGCUUGCCGAGGCUGCGAAGCCAGCCCCCGUUGACGUAUUCACCGUCCAGAGCCCGACAGUGGAGUUCCCUGGAGAAUGCGACCUUGCCGCUGCUUCGUUACCCAAGAAUGAUUUCGAAAAUCCUCGGUACAUUCCAGCUAUCCCGAUCGCGUACUACCAUCGGCGGCAUCUGCAUUCACUUCAGGGUGGAGUGUACAACGAAGACAAACACUUUGGUCUCGGUCAAAGCGUUUUUGAGCCACUCAAGGGUGCCCUGGGUAAGCAAAAGAAGAGCAGCUCUCGGAAGUCGAAGAGCAAAAAGCGACGGCGCAGAUAG